AUGGGUGGAUGGAGAGCAAGAGAUUUUCAAUACCAAGCGCAGCUCGACGCGGUCUACGCCAAGACGCGAGCGCUGGAUGACGAGUUUGGACCGGCGCGCCGCGCCGCGAUCACACGUUGCGAGGCGGAUCUCGCGGCAGCGCGUGAGGCUCUCGGUGCCGUUGAACUGGAGGUGAAUGCGCUGCCGCGCUCGGAGCGGGCGGCCGGGCUCGAGGAACUGAAGGCGCACAAGGCGAAGAUUGCGGCACUCGCCGCCGACCUCAAGCGUGCGGUCGUGUCGCUUCCAAGGGACGAGCUGCUCGGGCGAGACGACCCGGAAGAGGCGGCCACGUUGCGUGGCGAGAGAGAGGAGGCGCACGCGCGGCUCCUCGCGACGCACGACCGCACGCGCGCGGGCACGAGGAAGCUGCGCGACGCAGCUCGUACUGUGGCGGAGACCGAGGAGAUUGGCGCUGCCAUCAUGGGCGACUUGGCCGCACAACGGCAGACGCUGAUGCACUCCUCGGGCGUAUUGCGCGCCACAGCGGAGCGGCUCGACCGGUCGCGCAAACUGGUGGCCGCGAUUGGCCGGCGCGCUUGGCAGAGCCGCAUGAUAAUGCGGGUGAUGAUUGCGAUGCUGGCAGUCCUCGUGCUGCUCCUCCUGUACUUCAUGAUGGCGACGUAG